CCGCGGGCUCCCAGACUCCGGUUGCCCUUUAACGCCCUCCGGUGGCAGCGCUUAGUCUCCGUUGCCCUGGCGGGGGCCGUGGAGAGUCGCGACAGCUUGGAAAUGGAUUCAGUGGCCUUUGAGGAUGUGUCUGUGGACUUCAGCCAUGAGGAGUGGGCUCUACUGGAUCCUUUACAAAAAAAGCUAUACAGAGAUGUGAUGCAGGAAACCUUCAGGAACCUGGCCUAUAUAGGAAGCAAAUGGGAAGACCAGAACAUUAAAGAUCAGUACAAAAAACAGGAAAGAAAUCUAAGAAGUUAUUUGAUACAGAGACUCUAUGAAAGUAAAGAAAGUUGUCAGUAUGGAGAAAACGGCAGCCAGAUUUCAGAUCCUACUAGGACCAAGAAAACCACUGGAGAAAAACCAUAUGAAUGUAGUAUUUGUGGAAAGAGCUUCAUGCUUCAUUCAUCCCUUACUAGACACAUUAAGUCUCACCCUGGACAUGAACUUGAUGGGUUUCGAUAUGGAGAGAAGCCAUAUAAAUGCAAAGAAUGUGGGAACACCUUCAGUUAUCUCAAAUCCUUCCAAAGACAUGAAAGGAAUCACAAUGGAGAGAACCCCUAUAAGUGUAAACAGUGUGGAAAAACUUUCAUAUAUCACCAGCCUUUUCAAACACAUGAACUUACACACGUUGGAGAGAAACCCUACCAAUGUAAGCAUUGUGGGAAAGCCCUCAGUUCUCCAAGUUCUCUUCGAAUUCAUGAAAGGAUUCAUACUGGAGAGAAACCGUAUGAGUGUAAGAAAUGUGGGAAAGCCUUCAGCUGUCCCAGUUCUAUUCAAAUCCAUGAAAGAACCCACACUGGAGAGAAACCCUAUACAUGUAAGGAAUGUGGGAAAGCCUUCAUUUCCCGAACAAGUGUUCAGACACACAUGAUAACACACAAUGGAGAUAGACCUUAUAAAUGUAAAGAAUGUGCGAAGGCAUUCAUUCGUCCUAGUUUUUUACGUGUACAUGAACGAAUUCACACUGGAGAGAAACCCUAUGAAUGUAAACAAUGUGGUAAAGCAUUCAGAUGCUCUACUUCCAUUCAGAUUCAUGAAAGAACUCACACAGGAGAGAAACCAUAUAAAUGUAAGGAAUGUGGGAAGGCCUUCAGUGCUCGCCCUGCCUUCCGAGUACAUACACGAGUGCACACUGGAGAGAAACCCUAUAAAUGCAAAGAAUGUGGAAAAGCUUUCAGUCGCCUCAGUUACUGUCGGGUACAUGAAAGGACUCACACAGGAGAAAAACCCUAUGAAUGUAAAAAGUGCAAGAAAACCUUCAACUAUCCUCUAGAUUUGCAAAUACAUGAACGAAAUCACACUGGAGAAAAACCUUAUGAAUGUAAAGAAUGUGCAAAAGCUUUCAUUUCUCUUGAAAACUUUCGAAGGCACAUGAUAACACACACUGGAGAUGGGCCUUAUAAAUGCAGGAUUGUGGAAAGGCAUUCAUUUUCCUCAGUGCAUUGCGAACACAUGAGCGAACUCAUACUGGAGAGAAACCUUAUGAAUGUAAACAGUGUGGGAAAGCUUUCAGUUGCUCUAGUUAUGUUCAGAUACAUGAAAGGACUCACACUGGAGAGAAGCCCUAUGAAUGUAAGGAGUGUGGCAAGGCCUUUAUUUACCCCACAAGCUUUCAAGGACACAUGAGAAUGCACACAGGAGAGAAACCCUAUAAGUGUAAACAAUGUGGAAAGGCCUUUAGCCUUCGCAGUUCUUUUCAAAGACAUGA